CUUUGUUGCGACUGUGUUAGAGAAAAGUGAUGAGGAGGGGUUGUGAUUACAGUACUUGCAAUUUCUGUGUGUUAGUCCACUAAUAAUUUCUCCAGCUCUAAACAUGCUACUGCUGCUUCUACUGCUGCUGUCACCAGGUGAUGGUCAGGCUCAGCGUGUGUCAGGCGUGAGGAAGAAUGGCUCGUGUGCGUGUGAGGUGAACUCUACCCUGUGGUCGUUCCCUGCUGUGAAGUAUGAGGCUGUGCUGCAGCAGGUUGAGUCCUGUGGAGGAUCUUUGAACACCCUACAGGAACAGGUGAAGUUGUCCAGUGAGCGUCUCCCUCAGAUUCAGGCUGUGGUUAAGAACAUUACGUCCCGGCUGGAGCCUCACCAGUACCUGCACAACCGGGGGCUGUACACUGCCUUGUCUCUGCGCUACCUGGGUGAGGAGCUCAGCCAGCUGGAGACAGACAUUGGUGCCGUUCACAGUCAGCUUAACAACGCCCAAACACGAAAGCUCUCCAAAGAGGUGGGUAAAUUGCGUACAGAUGUAGACAAGAUGCAAAUGUCAGACACAAUUAACAUGAAGACUGUCAAAGAGAAACUACGCUACCUGAAGAACAGUGCUGAGUCCUGCAAGACAAUCCCCAAAGACUUCAGAGGCCAAGGGGACAACUGCCUCAAGGGCCUUAUCACCAACAUUAGCCACCCUGUCAUGACUAAGGUCAGUCCGCACGGUAAGAGCUACACAGAAGCACACCUGUUCAGCAACACCAGAUGA